CUCGGUGGCGAUCAUCAACCCUCUCUUCAUCAUCAACAAUUCAACGCGGCGCAGCAGCUGCACCCCCUUCAUCCGCAUCAUUUGCCGCCACCACACGGCCAGUACGGCACUCCGCCCUCACGGCACACCACCAUGGAUCUCGAGAUGGGGACCAAGUCUCGCCAGAGAAAGUCGCCUCUUCCGCGCGGCUAUCCACCCCCUUCGACGAUGCUUUUCGAUGACGACCCGGGCAUCAUGUCCGAAGUGGAGACUUCCAGCACGGGAUUUCGGCGAGGGGGCAAGCAAAGAAGUAGCCUGCCCGUCGUACGAACGCCCAGCAAGACUUUGGAGCGACCAUUAGGACUAGUGUUCCUGCAAUAUAGGAACGAGACGAAGAGAGCAUUGCUGCCGAAUGAGAUUACCAGUAUAGACACCGUCAAAGCUCUUUUCGUCAGAAGCUUUCCGAAACAACUCACUAUGGAAUACCUGGACAGUCCUCACGUAAAAGUUUACAUACACGAUAGCAACAAGGACAUGUUCUACGAACUCGAAGAUCUAAGAUCACACCUGAGAGAUAUUAGGGAUCGCAGUGUCCUGAGACUUUUCGAGAGUGCCGAUGGAGUGACGGGGAUGCCGGGACCCCUGGGGGUGCCGGGUGGCGGCGGCGGUCUGCCUCCCCAUUGGGAAGAUCAGAGCUACUUCAGUGAACCAGAAUUCGACAGUGAAUAUCAGCAUCAGCACAUUCACAAGAGCAAGACGGCCAAGAACUCGACGUCCGGCAGCGGAUACUACGUGGGCGGAAGCAGCACCCUGCCACGCGGUGGGCCUCUUCUAAGGGCGUACAGCCCAGCGGCGUCGAGCGUCGGUCCAAGCGCGACCCCGACGCAGCCCAAGACUCUCACCACGCCAGAUGGUUGGAUAGGAGGUGUUGGCGGGGUGCCGCCGGCCAAGCCGCUUCGCAGCUACCAGUGUGGUAAGAGUCCCCUUGGAAGCCUCGGGGGCUCGGCGCGCUUCUCUAGAGACAGCUCGGUCUCCCUCUAUAGUAUACCAGAUCGGCUACAUGGGGAAAGCGGAUACAUGAGCAGCCCCGAGCGCGGCGGCGGCGUCGGUUCCGGAAGCGGAAGAUAUCCACCCGGACCUUACAGCGCCGGCAGCAGUUACGAGGAUCCGUAUUAUUCGCAAUACUCGGGGACUGUUACGCCUGUCAUCGACGAAGAAGCCAGCGAUACGGAGCUGUUGGAGGAAUCGUACAGCCUUUACGGCGUGAAACCACCGGGGCGUCCGCCGUCUGGUCCCCCGCGGUCCCCGUUUCCUCCGGGGGCGCCGCCACCCUUGCCACCCGGCGGACAGGGCUACGACGCUACUCGGAUAAGGGUGGAGCACAUGGAAAGACAACUGGCCAAUCUAACCGGGCUCGUGCAGAAGGCACUGACACACGCGCCGCACACCAGCCCUUCGCCGCGAGAGUACUUGCAAGUCCCACCGGGACGUGAUCCUUACGCGAGAGCAGCAGGCGCCGGGGACGAGUUCGACAAACACUCUAGCUCCAGCUCUGCCUCACUGCCAGUGUCUCAACCUGCCGUUACAGAUGACUCGUACUUAAGGACUGACGUUAAACCGCCAAAAUUAGGCAAAGACAAGUCGGUGUCGUUUGAAAAGUCAGUGUCCUUCAGUGACGAGCCACCAGACAUGAACUCCCCCAAACAACAUUCCCCGCAACAUGCAGCGGAUACAAAACCCACGAAACCGGCAAUCAAAUCCUCCACGUUGCCGAGGAUGUCGUCGCAAGAGAGAGACAGGCACAAGCCGACACCACCGCCGAAACCGGCCGCCCUGGUGGCCGGUCAGUACGUAUACAGGGAUUUAGCGCUCACGCCGGAGAUGUACAAUCAGCUGAGAGGUCUGCAGAAGAAGGCGAAGGAUCUCAGGCAAGAAGUGAGAAAUUUGAGACGCAUGUCGCAAGCUCAGGCUCACACAGUGCGUGAGACCAUCAAAGACACGUUUAUCACGAUUAGGGCCAUGCUAUUAUCGGGAGGAGACGCAGUUUGGACGGCCGGGGAUACGGAGAAGAUUCGACUGAGCCGCGAGGAAGAUCUCUACAAACAGGAGGUGAUAAGGCUGGAAAAAGAUCUGACCGAGCUCGAGAGCACAGUGGAGGAGCUUCGCGGUAACGUGAUCAAUAGAAAGACGCGUGUCAAUAUGUCGGAUGUGGAGAACAUGGCUUUGAUAUUGAGUAAAUCCAGCAAAACUGUAGCCGACCUGAAAGUUCGAUUCCCGAGUUUGCAAGAAGGUAUGAAAGGUCUGCUGAGCUCCGAAAUGGAAAAAGUGGUGCGCGAAGAGAAGUUUCUGAAGGAAGAGCCCGAACGACUGGAGUCCGCGUUGAGACGUUGCAAGAAACUCACCGGCACCCUCGUGACGCUUAAACGCUUGGCGUCGGUGCAAGAGCAGCGAUUACCAAACGCAGCGAGCGUAGACGCCGAGGACACGCCGCCUAUAACACCGACGACAGCACAGCAUUCCAAGUAUGGCUGGAAGUGGAGUACUAACUUCAAGGAGGCCAUACAGACCAGUCACGAGCAACUGCCCCUGUGCCAGCGGAACGCACUGUCGUGGGGUCAGCGAGCGUCCUCGGGGGAGGGGGCCACCCUCACGAGUCAUCCGCCGACCAUCAGCAGCGUCCGGAGAACGCACUCGACGCUCUGCUAGACGAGUUGCAGACCUUCUCCCGACCAAGCUCGCAGAUGGGUCACGUGUCAAGCAGCCUGUCGGUGCACCCGGCCUCGAACACGCUCCUGG